AUGAAUAUUUAUAUACCAAUUCAACCUGAUAAUAAUAUAUCCUUGGCCAAAUCUUCAGAUACAGAUAUUUUAGAGGCGGCACUUAAAAAUAUUUUUAAUUUGUCAGAAUAUCGAGAAUAUCAAAGAGAAAAUAUUGAAUCUUUUAUUAAUAGGCAUAAUACACUUACGAUUUUAAAAACUGGAGGUGGAAAAACAUUAAUAUAUUCUAUUGUGUCUCUUUUAUUCAAAGGAUUAACCAUUGUUUUUACACCACUAAAGUCUUUAAUGGAUGAUCAGCUGGCAA